AUGCCUUUCGACGAUGCUCGGGACUGGAGUGGUCCAAAUGAUCCAGAGAAUCCUCGCAACUUCUCGACACGACGGAAGGGAGGCAGUACGAUAGCAUACACCGGCCUAGCCUUUGUCAGCACUCUAGCCGCGUCACUAUACAGUGCCGGAAUCAAUGGCGUGCAAGCCGACUUCAAUACCUCCAAGGAGAUUGGGAUUCUGGGCUUGUCGCUCUACAACAUUGGAAUGGCGUUCGGGCCACUCAUCGGGAGUCCUCUGAGCGAAACAGCAGGUCGUAAAGUCGUGGUCUUAGUGACAACACCCCUCUUCGCACUCUUUACGCUCGGGACAGGGGUUUCGCAAAAUGUGGCCAGCGUGAAUAUUUGUCGCUUUCUCGCCGGCGUGGUUGCAGCUCCUGCGAUAGGAAAUGCUAGCGCGACUAUAUGCGAUUAUACUGCUGGCCAGUAUCGAGCGAUCGUGAUGGCUUUCUACUACUCCAUGCCUACUUUCGGGGCUGUAACUGGACCUCUGAUCGGCGGGUUCGUGGUCAAGGCCAAAAGCUGGAGGUGGACUCAGUGGACGACUAUCUUCUUCAUCAUCGCCUUCUACCUACCUAUCUGCUUGACGAAGGAAACUUACAAGAAGACGAUUUUGCAGAGCCGCGCGAAGAAGUAUGGCAUUGAGGGCCCGGCUGUCGUGCAAAGGACGACUGCACAGUGGAUCCACUACUUUGCUACCACCUUAUUCAUAAGACCGGCACAUAUGCUCUUUACCGAGACCAUUGUUACUCUGGUCUGCAUGUACAGCGGCUUCCUUUUCGGGCUGAUGUACACCUUCGUCAUCGCAUCUCCCUGGGUAUACGAACACUGCUACGGUUUCGGCAUCACAGGACAAUCGCUGUCGUUCCUAGGCCUCAUACUCGGUUCAUUCCUUGCGCCCUAUCCUCUGAUCUUACUAGACCAUUACAUCUACCAACCUCGACUCAGAGUGUGGCACGAAACGCACGUGCAAGACGACCAGUUCCCUCCCGAGCAUCGACUAUAUCCUGCUAUGGUAGCAUCCCCUGUCAUGCCGAUCGCGCUGCUAGUAUUUGCUUGGACGGCACAGUAUCGCGUUCACUGGAUCGUUCCCAUAUUCUUUCAAGGAGUAGCGAUGAUGUCGUCGGUGGUGAUUUACGCACCAACGAAUCUAUUCAUGAUGGACUCCUACGGUCCUUUAUACGGAGCUUCAGCUGCUGGUGCAGCAAUGCUCAGUCGAUAUUCACUCUCGGCCGCAUUUCCGCUCUUCUCGUUCCAAAUGUUUCAGGCCCUGGGAGUAGGCUGGGCAACGAGCAUAUUAGCUUUCAUUACCGUGGCCAUGGCGCCUAUACCGUGGUUGUUCUGGAAGUUCGGACAUCGCAUCAGGCUGCAUAUAAAGUAUGAGACUAGUGCGUAA